CCCCUCGGUGGGCGCCUCCCAGCUCCGCUUGGGUCUAUGGAGGAAAACUUGGCGCAAGCCGCACAAUUCUGAUGGCCGCAGCCGCCUGCGGCACCAAGGCCAUGUCCCUCUUCAAGCGGACCUUGGUGCUGAGCCCCGCCGCGGCGCCUAAGGGCGCGGGCACCCCCUCGCGCUGUUGUCCCUGGCCUUCCAAGGACUGGACUCGGGGAGAGGGCGUCUGCGCUCGGCUACGGCGUCCAGCGGCUGCCGGCUUCCUGCCCCAGUCCCACUCCUGCUCCUCGACAACUGCUACCUCCGUCUGUCUUCUCUGCCCGCAGGACUCGCUCAGCAGCAGCUUGAAGACUUGUUACAAGUACCUGCAUCAGACCAGUCGCAGUUUCGCAGCCGUUAUCCAGGCGCUGGAUGAAGAAAUGCGCAAUGCAGUCUGUAUAUUUUAUCUGGUUCUCCGAGCUCUGGACACUCUGGAAGAUGACAUGACCAUCAGUAUAGAAAAAAAAGUCCCACUGUUACACAACUUUCACUCUUACCUUUACGAACCUGACUGGCGGUUCAUGGAGAGCAAGGAGAAGCAUCGACAAGUGCUGGAGGACUUCCCAACGAUCUCCCUCGAAUUCAGAAAUCUGGCUAUGAAAUAUCAAACAGUGAUUGUCGACAUUUGCCGGAAAAUGGGAUUUGGGAUGGCCGAGUUUUUGGAUAAGCACGUGACCUCUGAAGAGGAGUGGGACAAGUACUGCCACUAUGUUGCCGGGCUGGUGGGAAUUGGCCUUUCUCGUCUGUUCUCGGCCUCAGAGUUAGAAGACCCAUUAGUUGGUGAAGACAUAGAGUGUGCCAACUCCAUGGGCCUGUUUCUGCAGAAAACAAACAUCAUUCGUGAUUAUCUGGAAGAUCAGCAAGAUGGAAGAGAGUUCUGGCCUCAAGAGGUUUGGAGCAAGUAUGUUAAGAAGUUGGGUGAUUUUGCUAAGCCGGAGAAUAUUGACUUGGCCGUACAGUGUCUGAAUGAACUUAUAACCAAUGCUCUACAUCACAUUCCAGAUGUCAUCACCUACCUUUCCAGACUUAGAAACCAAAGUGUGUUUAACUUUUGCGCUAUUCCUCAGGUAAUGGCCAUUGCUACUUUGGCUGCCUGUUACAAUAAUCAGCAGGUGUUCAAAGGGGUAGUGAAGAUUCGAAAAGGACAAGCAGUAACCCUGAUGAUGGAUGCCACCAACAUGCCAGCUGUCAAAGCUAUAAUAUACCAAUAUAUGGAAGAGAUCUAUCACAGAAUCCCCAACUCAGAUUCAUCUUCCAGUAAAACCAGGCAGAUCAUCUCCACCAUCAGAACACAGAAUCUUCCCAGCUGUCAGCUGACCUCCCGAAGCCACUACUCCCCCAUUUACCUGUCGUUUCUCAUGCUCCUGGCUGCCCUGAGCUGGCAGUAUGUGAGUACCCUAUCUCAGGUCACAGAAGACUAUGUCCAGACCGGAGAACAUUGAUCUGUUCACCAUGAAGUAGACUGACCUUUUUUUUCAAAGAGGGAUAUUGGCUUCCCCUUUUCUCCCCUCCUGCUUUAAUCCUGUAAUUCUGUGGGCUUGGACCCUGAGAAACUGAGGUGCAGCUGAGAAGAGAAUAAAAGAGGAUCCCUCACCCUCAGCACCUGGUACCUGUGGGUUGUGCUCACCUGCACAUGGUGGCUGACGGUGCACUCGGUGGUGCAGGUCGGGAAGUGGUUGCCCUGGGACUCCUGACAGAUCUGUGUGCAUCCUGAUUAGUUAUAAUUAAAUGUGUUUAAUUUAAAGGAACCUUUGAUCUCUUAUCCUAGUAGAAAAGUGAACUGAAUUUUCUUCAUGUUCGUUUCUCUCAUUUUUUUCUUCAGUUGAUUUGAAGGUAAUAGCUGUGAAGUUUACACCUCUGGGUAAUUUUUCCGUUUCCUACGAAUACAGACCAUGUUCUGCACAUGAAGGCUGGGAAUUAACUUCAUGGUGUCUGGUAGCAUUUUCUUCUUUGAUGAGGUUACCUUUCAGAAAGAUUGCCUAAGCCCCAUUGUUGAAGAUUGGUCUUGUUAAGGCCGUUUUUGAUUUUGUAAAAUAAUGAAUUACUCUGCAGUGGUCAAAUGCAGAUCACUUGAAAGCUUGGGUGAGUGUGGCAGAUAAAGGAACUCAAGGGUGGAAUUAGUGCUUGAGGGACGGAUGGCACCAUGAUGCCACCUGGUGCAGUACCAAUAAGGACACAGCUGCCUGGCCCCUGCAUGAUGGCCCACUGGGAGCUGGGAAGGGGCCCAUGGCAGCCGCUGCGCUGCUCCAGCCGGUAGCCUGAUUAGCUGCCAGCCUUCUCUGCUUUUGGCCAGUUCCCUUAGCUGCUUUCCAGGGUUUUAAACUCAGCUUUCCUUUCUUUUCGUUACCAGUUUAUACACUGAAGCCUCAAGAAAGGCAAAAGCCAUGUUCAGGUGAUUGGCUUGAAAGCUGAAUGGUGCGCAGCCCAAUUCUAGCGCCCUGUUCACCUUCCUCCUUCCCAGCACAGCCGUUUUGUGAUGUACUCUCACCCAGUGACGCGCUGAGAUCUCAGCUUGGACGAGGGAGGGACCCAGCCGCACUAGGGGAGCCUGAAGCCCCUCAGGCUGAGAAUCGCGGGGAGGGCGCGGCCCAGUGCUUCCUAGAAGCCAGUAGUGCUCUCUGGGCGCAUAUAGCAUAUAUCCUACUCUUUGCUGCAGUCCUUUAUGAAGUGUGACUUGGUGAAUUUGAGGUUUUUCCAGCAAUGGUGUUGGAUUUGCAUUGUUGUACACAUGCCCACACUGAUUUUCCUCCUGUGACAGCCGCCACCGGACAAUUGGCUUAGUUUUUUGGUCCAGGGAAGCUUCAGAUAAUUGGUUCAUUUGAGGCUCAGCCCUGGAGAAACUGCUGACUUGCCAUGUAUCCACCAUUCAGCUGUGAAGCAGACUCAAUAGUAAUCUUCCAAGAGGUUUAAAGCAUCAAAACUUGGUUUGAGCCCUGGCUGGUUUGGCUCACUGGAUAGAGCGUCAGCCUGCGGACUCAAAGGUCCCAGGUUCGAUUCCGGUCAAGGGCAUGUACCUUGGUUGCAGGCACAUCCCCAGUAGGGGGUGUGCAGGAGGCAGCUGAUCGAUGUUUCUCUCUCAUCAAUGUUUCUAACUCUAUAUCCCUCUCCCUUCCUCUGUAAAAAAUCAAUAAAAUAUAUUUUAAAAAAAACAACUUGGUUUGAGAUUCCAGGACGGGUUAAGAAUUUGUGUGAAGUCUAAGGUGAGCUCUGAAGUUCAUGGUGGACAGAGCCUUGGUCUGAGGUGGACACCCCAGAAGCUUCUCCUGUGGCUCAGCCACGACCUGUGUGACUUGCCAGCUUGUGUGGUUUGGUGACCUUAGGCCCCUCCCAGCUGGAAAGCGGUGGAAUUUUUACGUCACUGACUUGGGUAGAGGUCUUAGACCUCUUGAGACUUCAGAUGUUUCCUUUUAAAUGUUUUUCUACUAAAACUGCCAGAUGAAAUGCAGGAUGAAACCCAGUUAAAACUCGGAUAAAUUUAAGUAUAAUUAUAUCCCAAAUAUCGCAUGAGAUAUAUUUAUAUAAAAAAUUGUUCGCUUUUGCAGCACACAUACUAAAAACAUUGUCUGAAAUUCAAAUCAAAUUGAGCAUCCUGUAUCUUUAUUUGCUGAACCUGGCAACCCCGCCCUUUAUACCACACUUUAAUGUAAUUAAUAAAAUGUAUGGCAUUCCUGGCAUUCAGUCUACCUGAUUCCUCCUCACAGUGGUAGCUGAGGUAAUGAUCAAUGGCGAUAACUUGAGGUUUAUUGAUGCUGAUCCCUAUUUUUUUCUAACAAAAACUCCUUAAGCCAAAUGUGAAGAUGACCAUCAUAUUACAUCAUUUUGCACAUCGCUCCUGGCUUCUGGGAUGAGGAUGGAGUUGCAGGGAACACUGUGGAGGUAGGAGAAAGUGCGUGAAAAUGGAAUUAUUCAACUCAGUGUGGGAGUAGGUAAAUAACUUCAUUGAGGUUAUGAAUAUAUUCUCAUCUAAAUGUUAAUAAAAUGUUAUGAAUUUAUAGCUUUGGUAAAUGCUAUGCUGGGUUUCACAGAUUUUUCCUAGUGUUCACUGGGUGUUUAAGAAGUUAUCUUAGGAGCUUCUGAUUCUUCCGAGUCACAUCAGAAGUCAAACUUCACGAUUUUGGGAAGAGCUAGUCCAACUCUCAGGUGGGGAAGGGAAAUAAGACACUGACAGGCCAGUGGGAUGGGUAUUGAUUCUUCAGGUUGCCUCUGUUCCCCUCAAGAACUGGUGUACCUCGUGGCUUAUGAUUCUUAGCUAGGCCUAUCCAAAGGAAUCUUUCUUAACCAGCAGUAAAUUAAAGUCACAGGGAGCUUGCAAAGGAGCGCACCAGGCUCUGCCUCCACCCCAUUCCAGCAGUGGGAGGCGCCAGGGAAAGCUGGUCCUCCAGUAGGACAUGGGCUGUGACAGGGACUAAAAAGAGAGAAGCUGUGGUCUGAACGGAUGCUGGAGUGGAGAGAAGCUAAAAUUAGGUAUUUACUUUGUUCCCCUCGACUGACGCCCUGCUUAGAGUGUAAAGAGCACCCAGACCCAUGAGCCCAUGUUUCUGUCUGUGGGAUAAGGAUAGACAGCAGCCACGAAUCUACAAAUGAUCUUCGAGGUCCCACCAGAACAGACCUGACAUUGAAGGAGAAACCUUUUAUUGGCACAGUAUUCCUUCUUUAAUAGGGUAUAGCAGUGAUUUUUAAACAAUAAAGGCUGGUUUCUCUCUAUUUUCAUUGUAUUAAGAGGUCAGUCAGUCAGUCAGUCAAAUCAAGACCACCCAGUUUGUUUUAAGGAGACAGUUGGUAAAACUAGUACAGCUCUUCCAACAUUAGACUACCUCAUUCUCAUGAUCAGCUGAGGUGCACACAAAAAUAAAACUUCUAUUUAAAAAUCAUGCCAAGAUCAGAGCAGGUUAGCAACACUGCAAAGCUCGACAGAUGCAGGAGCCCCAGGAGAGUGGCUUUUUCCAAAGGGCUGCCCCACUAUUUCUCUUCUCAACCUAUUUCCAAAUUAGAAAGCUGCUUGCUCAGAGGUACCGCUGAUGGUGGGAUGCAUGGGAAGCUACGAUUAGGAAAUCCACCUUUCGUUCCUUUGAAAAAAAUGCGAACCCUGUUGGCCUAUCAUGCUCCCUGGUGAUGCACAGAUGGAGGACGAAGGAUGUGGAGGGGUUGCAGGAAGAGCCGAGCAACACUAGUCUAAGGGGGAAGGACUUGCGUUGCGUGUAGCAGUGGUUUAAAUGCAUUGUGACAACAGUCCACUGAGUGGCCUGGGAGGUAGCCAGGCCUUGGCUGUGUCUCCUUGGAAGACUGCUCUCAUGGUAGACACAAGGUUUGGCCCAAUCCAGUCCUUUAGGCCCUGUCUAAAACCCAUUUGUACUCAAA